UGUUCAGUUUAUUUUGUGCCGGUUCACUUUAAACAACUAUAGUCAACUUUAAAAAAAUAAAAAACAAAAACAAAUGUUGACAACAACAAAAAUUAAUAUAUACAAAUUAAAAAUUUAAUUUGUAUCAAGAAUUUUUAAAUUCUCUCUAUUUUUCUUGAAAAAGAAAAACAUUGUCACUACUAUUGAAAAAUUUUUGUAUAUUUCAAAAUUUUUCAAAAUUAUAAGGAAUCAAUUAUGAAGAUUUAUUGCCAAAGCUAAAAAGCUUUUUAACACUUUUUUUCUACAUUUUAUAAAAGAAAAAGAAAAAUCAUGCUUUUUUGGAGGGAAAAUAUUUUAUCAAAUCUCUGUAAAAAAUAUCUAGAAAAAAAAUUGACAUAAUAAAAUUUUUAUAUGUAUACAAUUUACGAGAAAAAAAGAAUCUCCAAAAAUGGAUUAUUUAUUUAACAUAUCAUUAAAAUAUGAAAAAUGUAAAGAAUCAAUAAAUUUUGAACGACAACGAAGAUCAGCAACAUGGACAAAUGCAAGUUAUAUACCGUGGAAUGAAACUUAUGAUGCAUUUGAUUAUGAUGAGGAACCAGCGGAAAUUUGUAAUUUUCUUUAUUUUAUUUUAGAUUUUGCACAUCUUUAUUAUAUACCAUUUAUUAUUUUAUUGGGUCUUAUUGGUAAUUUAUUAUCGUGUGCUGUAUUUUUAAAUACACAUUUAAAAAUGCGAAGUUCAAGUUAUUAUUUAGCAGCAUUGGCAACAACUGAUUUUAUGUAUUUAGUAACAUUAUUAUUGGUGUGGUUAAAUAGUACUGUUGGAUGGCGAGUGUUUAAUAAAGAGGGAUGGUGCGAAAGUGCUGUUUAUAUUAGUUCAGUUUGUAGUUCAUUAAGUGUUUGGUUAAUAGUUGCAUUUACAGUUGAAAGAUUUAUUGCCGUACAAUAUCCAUUGCAUAGACCACAUAUGUGUACAAUUGCAAGGGCAAAGGCAAUUGUAUUUAUUUUAGUUGUAUUGGCAUUGGCAAGUCAUUCAUAUACAUUAAUAACGGCCGGUGUUGUUAAAGAACAAGAUGGAACUGAAGUUUGUGAAAUGAAAAUUGAAUAUUUAAAAACAAUGAGAAUUGUUAGUAUUAUUGAUAGUAUUGCAAGUUUAAUUGUACCAUUGGUGAUGAUUAUUAUUAUGAAUACAAUGAUAACAAGGAAUUUAUUGAGAUUUAGUAGAAAAUUUAAACGUGAUCCUGCAGCGAGUUGCAAUAAAUAUCCAACAUCGGAGAUAAAUUUAAAUAAUAUUCAGACUGCCAGCAGUAGUCACGAUGAAGCAAAUGGUAUUCCAUUAAAUACAGGUAUUAGUGGAAGAAGACAACCCUCUCAACAAUCAUUCCACUCCUCAAAAAGCAGCCAUUCACAACAUUCCCGACAUCAACCCUCAAUUGUCGCCAUUCCUUCAACGCCAAGAAGUCCAUAUCAAGUUUCUGAAGUUCUUGCAAGGUGUAUUAAUGGAAACUCAUCAUCUCGAAAUCCUGUAUCGACAAGAAAUCAACAAAGCAUUACAAAAAUGCUUCUACUUAUAAGCACUGUUUUUAUCUUAUUAAACUUGCCAAGUUACGUCGUCCGUUUCUGCGUUUAUUUUUUCGCCUUGGCAAGAAAGGAUACACCAACAUUGCUGUGGUGUUUGCAACAAUUUUUCAUGCUUUUGUACUACACUAAUUUUAGUAUAAAUUUUUUACUCUACGCAAUGUGUGGUAUUACAUUUCGACGUUGUCUUGAACAAUUAUUACGUAAAGUACUUAAAACUAUUACAAUAAAUCAUUGUAAUGUACAACGUUACAGUUAACUAUUAUGUAAUUAUUACAAUUUUUAUGUAAGGGAUAAAGUAAACAAAAAAAAUAUUA